UUACAUUUUGAGGCUGGCAAUUUACUCUUGCUUUUUUGUAUUCUCGGGUUAUUAAAAAUUUUCAAAAGUAUUUUUUUCCCAUAAAAUUCUUAUUAAAAUUAAUAAAAACUCUUAAAACAUGUAAACAAAAGUGUAAUUUAAAAGAUUUCGUAUAGUUUUAAAGUGAAAUUGAUUUAUAUAUUAAUCAAAAUUAUUCCUAAGUUAUUAUUUAACAUUUCCAUUUGGUAUCUAGUUAUUUAAGAAUAAAUAAACAAAGAAAAAUAAAUGACAGUUUUUAUAGAGGAUUAUAGUAAAAUAAAAUGAACCCCUCAGAGUUAAGAAUGAUGUGGAUGAGUCAAUACAAUCCUGAACGUAUUUCUCUUGAGGAUGCAACAUUUUUUCACCCAACUGUUGGUCUUUCUGUAAUGGAUGAUUUAACACAACAACAAACAAUGGAUUUAAAUCCAAUGAUGAGUUUAGUUGGGGGGGAUUUCAAUAAUCAGGCUGCGGCUGCAGCCGCUGCAGUAGCAGCUUCAAAUGCUUCGGCGGCCGCAGCUGCGGCAGCAGCAUGUGCAGCCUCAUCAGCUGCUGUUGCUUUGGGUGUACAACCUACAACGCUAUUGGCAACAAAUGCAAAUGACAUUUAUGGUCUGGCCCAUAUGGGUGGUUUGCACCAACAACUGUUACAGCAAUCGGCAGCUGCAGUUUUUCAAAAUUACGCCUCAAUGGAUGAUGAUGAUGGUACAACAAAUCUUAAUAAUGCCUUAAAUGCUGCUGCAGCUGCUGGUGGCAUACUGGUCAAUAGUAAUGGUAAACCAAUUACAUCAGCACAAUUCCUAACAACCGAUGAUGGGCAACAGCAACAUCAUCAUCAAUUACAGCACCAGCAGCAGCAGCAUCAUCAGCAAAUCUAUGAUCAAAUGGAUGAUGGUUAUGAAGAUGGUAUAUCGGGCCUAACGCCCAAACAGGAAAUCAUUAAUAUCGAUGAUUUUGUCAUGAUGACUGAUUCAAAUUCAUACGAUGGCACCGAUUUCAUUAAUAGUGAUGAUAAAUCUGCAACUGGUAUCGAUAUUACACAACCGCAUGAAGUCGAUGAUCAAGAUCUUCUAGUGCCAAUGAGUGAUGAACAUAAAAUAUUAAGUGAAGCUGCUGCUGCAGCAAAUCGUAAUCUUUUAGCAGCUGCUCAAGCAGCCUCAACAUCCGCUAAUUCUUUAACUUCUCGUGGUGGUGGUGUUGGUACAAGUACUCACAGUGGUGGUGGUAAUUUACGUUCUCAACGUAAAACUCGUAAAAUUGAACCAGUCAAUCGUCCUGGUUUAGUAUUGAAAACACCAAUUGCCUACAAGGGCAACAUUGAUCCAUCUGUUAUACCAAUACAAAAAGAUGGCAUGGCCGUUUGUGAACGUUGUGGAGCAAUAGGUGUAAAACAUACGUUUUAUACAAAAUCUCGACGUUUCUGUAGUAUGGCAUGUGCUCGUGGUGAAUUGUAUUCGUUAGUGGUAAAUAAUAAAACAACAGGAGGUACAAGUCAACAGCAGCAACAACAACAACAACAAGCGCAACAGCAACAACAGCAGCAACAAAUUGAAAAUAUGGAAAAUAAUUUAAAUGAAAAUCAACUGCAACAACAGCAGCAACAACAACAAGCACAGCAACAACAACAGCAGCAGCAGCAACAAAAUGAUAUAGAAUUAGCACUACGUGUAGCACAUAUCAAAAAUUCAAAUUAUCGUUUUCGCAUAACAGAUCAAUCGAAAAUAACCCAAAUAAAUGGUUUUGGAGAACCUAUAAAUAACAACAAUAACUCAGAUAAUAAUCUAAUAGCUAAUGGAGGUGGUAGUGGUGUUGCUAAUGGUGCGAAUGCCACAACUCUAACAAAUGCUGAAACAUUAAAUACAGCGGCGUCAGCAAAUACCACAACAUUAACACUACCGAGUGGUAUAUAUACCACAGACAAUCAACAGCUUACAGAAAUGACACAAACCCCUAAAGCUUUGCGUAUGUAUCGUGAUGUUAUGCCUCAGGAUGAAUUGCCUCAAAUACCAAAAUAUGAACGUCUUCCUUCAUCUUGUCCGCAAAUGGAGAAAAUCAUUAGUAUACGUAGAAAAUUAUAUGAUCCUACACAUUCGUAUGAUUGGACACCACGUUUGGGUCGGGAGGAUUUCUAUGCGGCGCCUGUAACAUGUUUUCAUCAUGCGCCCGGCUAUGAUGUUUGGGAUAAUUUGGGCAUUGACAUGAAAGUCGAGGUGGAGAAUACAGAUUGUGAUCAGUUGGAGGUGAUACAGCCGGGUCAAACGCCGCAUUCAUUUUGGGUGGCCACCAUAUUGGAUAUACAGGGAUAUAAGGCGCUAAUGAGAUAUGAAGGUUUCGACACUGAAAGUCAUGAUUUUUGGGUGAAUCUAUGUAAUGCGGAAGUGCAUGCGGUUGGUUGGUGUGCGACACGAGGCAAACCUCUUAUACCUCCACGUUCGAUUGAGAAUAAAUACAAAGAUUGGAAAGAUUUCUUAGUGAGUCGUUUGUCGGGUGCCAGAACAUUACCCUCCAGUUUUUACAAUAAAAUCAAUGAAAGCAUGCAGUCACGUUUUCGCCUGGGCCUUAAUCUAGAAUGUGUGGAUAAGGAUCGUAUAUCACAAGUACGUUUGGCGACGGUCACAAAAAUUGUAGGGAAACGUUUAUUUUUACGAUAUUUUGAUUCCGACGAUGGCUUCUGGUGUCACGAAGAUUCACCAAUUAUACAUCCAGUGGGUUGGGCCACAACGGUGGGUCAUAAUUUGGCAGCACCACAGGAUUAUCUAGAGAGAAUGUUGGCGGGUCGUGAAGCCAUGAUAGAAGUACAUGAAGAUGAUGCAACUAUAGAAUUGUUUAAAAUGAAUUUCACAUUCGAAGAAUAUUUCAUUGAAGGCAAAACAAAGACUUUUAUUGAAGGCAUGAAACUGGAAGCAGUGGAUCCUUUGAAUCUCUCCUCAAUAUGUGUGGCCACAGUAAUGGCCGUUUUGAAAUUUGGUUAUAUGAUGAUACGUAUUGAUUCAUAUCAACCAGAUGCUACAGGUUCCGACUGGUUUUGUUACCAUGAAAAGUCCCCAAAUAUUUUCCCAGUGGGCUUUUGUGCAGCUAAUAGUAUCACCUUAACGCCGCCAAAUGGUUAUAAUGCGAAUAAUUUCACUUGGGAAACGUAUUUACGUGAUACAAAUGCCAUGCCAGCGGGAGAACAUUUGUUUCAUCGUGAUGUGCCUAAUCAUGGUUUUGAGGUGGGCAUGAGUUUAGAAUGUGCUGAUCUCAUGGAUCCUCGUUUGGUGUGUGUGGCCACAGUAUCUAGGAUAGUGGGACGUCUAUUGAAAAUACAUUUUGAUGGCUGGACUGAUGAAUAUGAUCAAUGGCUAGAUUGUGAAUCUGCGGAUAUUUACCCUGUAGGUUGGUGCGUACUAGUUAACCAUAAAUUGGAAGGACCACCUGCACCCUUACCGGCACCUACAAAAGCAGCAGCUAAACCCAAACCUCAGAAGAAACGUAAAAAGAAGGGACCAAACACACCAGCAAACGCUAAUAAAAAUAAUCAAACCUCAACACCUCAAGACACGCAACCUCAAGUAAAAUCUCGUACAAUAGCUUUAAAGACAACACCCCAUCUGCCUAAGCUUAGCAUAAAAUUGGAAUUGAAACCUGAACAUCAUAAUCCUGCCUUUUAUGAAAACACAAACGUCGCACACACAACGGACGCCCUAGUUGAGGACGACGACGAUGCUGACGAUUGUGAAGAAUACGACGAAGACAGUAAUAGUCUUUUAUCGAAUCAAUCUUCUUGCCUACAAAAUGAUCCCUUAGUUGUGGGAAAUGCGUCGGGUACAACGGCUACGACGACACUCUUGGUAAAUCCGGCAGCUGCAGCAGCAGUGGCUGCAUCUACAAAUGAUAAAAAUUCCUCCGUUAGCAGUACUAAAUAUAUACCACGUUUAAGUGAUUGUACGGAUAGUGAUAAUAUUGCAGAACUUAUGCCAGAUACCUGGAAUGUCUAUGAUGUUUCACAAUUUCUACGCGUUAACGACUGUACGGCACAUUGUGAUACGUUAAGUCGUAAUAAAAUCGAUGGUAAACGUCUGUUGCAGUUAUCAAAAGAUGAAAUUAUUACCCUAUUGGGUAUGAAGGUUGGUCCAGCAUUGAAAAUCUACGAUUUAAUACAACAACUCAAGUGUAAAGUGAAUCCUGGAAAAUCGCGUAUGCAUAAAAAUAAUAAAUAUUUAUAGUCUAUAGAGCAGAGCAAUAAUAAUAACAACAAUAAUAUUAUUAAUACCACAACAACUGCAGCAGCAACUACAAAUACAACAAACACAACAAUGAUAAAACUUAAUUGGAAAUUGUUUAUAAAAUAGAUUUGUUACAAAAUAUUUGCUUUUUUUAUUAUAUAUAUAUAUAUACAUAUAUUAAUAUAAAAUAUACAUAUUAUUUUUUCUAAUUUAAGUUAAUUAUAAUGUUAAAUUAAGUUAUAUUUUUAAACAUUUUCGUUUAUAAUUCAAUAUGAAGUGUAUAAGGAAAAUAUAAAAAAAAGAAAAAUUACAACAAUUUCCAAUUACCAUUAAAAAAUGAAUACAAAAACAAAC